UUCUUUGGUCUUGUUUUCUGUACUGUACGGUAUCCAGGAAAAGACAAAAACAGGUGAAAGUCCGCCAAUGGAGUUUAUUGGAAGCCGUUACAAAGGAAGUACAAAAAAUGGAAGGAUGGAUGGUGAAGGUGAGUACACGUUUCCCACAGGCACUAAGUAUGUGGGUGAGAUGAAAGAUGGGAUGUUUCAUGGCAAAGGUGUGCUGUUCUUUCCGAAUGGAAGUAAAUAUGAAGCCACCUGGGAGAACGGCAUAGCUAAACAGGGGUCGUUAACUUUUGCCGAUGGUCUGCAGUACCAGGACCAGAACUGGGACUACUGCAAUGCUUAUGACAGGCGUUUCUACAGCGAAAGAUACUAUGGGUUCAGACCACAAGGAGAACCUCAGCUGACUAAUGUACAUCCACCACCAUCUAUUCCUGAGGGCUGCUACGAUUGUGCAGAUGGUUUCUAUGACCCAAAUACCAGAGUCAUCACUUCCUACACUGGCAGAUUUCUGAGGAACACAGAUGAUUCAGAACAUGAGUGGAUUGUGCGCACAUGUCGGAAGCCCUGAGAUUAGCCUGGAGGUGAUGAUCCUAAGCUUUUUCCAACCAGAUCUGAGGAGAACAGCAAGAUUGUCUUAUACGAUUGUUUCAAAUUAUUAUUAUUAUUCUGGCAAUUCACAUAUUAAAAAUGUGUUCAAUAAAUGUCAGCAUGUGUUUUCUCCCUUUUUGAUUGCAC